GAGACAAUGUCAGAUCAAGAUGAUACUCUAUUGGACGAAGACCUCGGCGAUGAAGAGUACGACCUGGGAAACGACGAGGAGGAGGCCCUCUUGGCUGACGACUAUGAAAUCGACAGGAUUGACUCACGAGUUUGCCCAUUUUUCAGUCCAUGAGAAUUACUCCCAAUUGAUCAUCCCAAUGUCUCCAUCCACAAUCCCAUUGAAAAAAUGAUGAUUAUUGAAGUGUAAAAUGUUUACCCAAUUUUUGUGAAACGCUUGUUUAAGUAGUUUUUAAGUUCUUUAUCGUCUCUUUGUAAUUGGAUCGUAUGUGUGUGUGCGAUACUGGCGUUUAUCUCUCGCGUCUAUAAUUUUCCGAAAAUUCUGUACAAAUCGAUAACAAUUGCACACGGAGAAAAAAGUUGGAGGAAAAUUACCAAAACAAUAAGACAAGUAAUUAUCAAGCACUAGGUGCAGUGGGAAUUUUAAUUCAUUGACCCAGAAAAAUUUUCUAAAUAAACUUUACCCCCAUACCAUCAAAAAUUAUCUCAGUGAACGUGAAUAAUUGCCACGACCUUUAGUAUAAUUUUUACCCCACACAACCAUGGGCCAGUUCGUGAGAAAAAUUUUCCCAAUCACAGUACGUUUAGCAGUCGAAUAUGUAUUUUUCAUCGGAAAAAUCGUAAGACAUCCUCAGGACUAUUUCUACUCAACUUUUAUCUCAGUGCAAAGUUGAAUAAUUAUUUGAAAUCUUGGAAGAUACGUUAAUUCAUUAAAAAUCAAAAAUUAAAUGAAAGAAUAUUUACAUUUAUUUGCACAUAAUUAGGUUAUUCACCUAAAAAAUCUUCCCAUUUCAACAGUUCGAAAAUGCGGAAGAAAAAAAUAAGAAAAGUCAGUCAGCUGGAGGAAAUAAUUCCCAUCCAAUAGAAUAUAUCUAUUUCCUUGCCUGUCAAUUGCCACAGCAUCUUUGUAUCUAUUGUAUUACCAUCUAAGUCUGCCCCGAAAUCAAUUGUAGUAUUUAUUCUUCAACAAGCAUUGACUUUUGCUGUUGACUUUUAGUUCCGCCGUAAUUCCUCAGCUAUUUCUGACCAGAGAUCGGCACAGUUAUCAUUUUCACCGCAAACACAUAUUUUUGACCCUCUCAAUUCAAUUCUCCAACUAUCGUAUCGAUCAGCAAUAUUAAAAAUAAACUUUGUUAUUCAUGUAAUCCGAAGUCAUUUAAUCAACAAUGAAAAUUAAUCGCAAAGAAAAACAUUUGCUGUCAUUCUAUAUCACGAAAUAAUAAUUCAGGGUUUUUCAUUGACUAUUGACAUUGUAAAUAAUUGUUAUCAAUGGAAUUUAUUCUUCUGUCGAUCUCUGUCUCUGGUGAUGAAUAAAUCAUCUGAUCAGCCAUUGAAUCUCUCAAUUUUCAAAGCAAAAAAAAUUAAUAAACAUUUUCCGGGAGAUCAGUGAAGUGUGCGCGCGAUUAUCUGAUAAUGUAUGUGAGAUUGAUGUAACUACGAUGUUCUAAUGCAUUGGAGCAUCAUCUAUUGUCCAAAUAUCUCCAACAAACUGUCAAAAAAAAUUCUUGAUGAUGUUUUAUCGAUCAGACGUGUUUAAAAAUUGCAAAAAAAGUCAGUCACACGUGCGGUUGUAAAUUCAUUAACUAAUGACAUUAUACAAAUAGUUAUACGUAAAAUGAACAUGUCUUGCGAAAAUAUAUAAUGCUACAAUGCACCAAAAUUGUAACCAAAACCGAAGAAUCAAAUUUUCAUAAUUUUAACAAUGAAAAUCGAUGGUACAACCGAUGAAAAAUUUAUAUAAAAUAUCCGAGCGAUUAUUAAUCUCGAAAAAUGUCCUCCACGCCCAAUCACAUCGCGUUUCGCACGUUAGAUGUACCUUAUUGACACUGAAUCAUGACACAUUGUCAAGAUCAUCGAGAGGAAAUUAAGAUUGAAGAUAAUCAUUAAGAUUGAAAAUAAUCACUCGAAAAAUUGAUUUUUGUCCUCCAGGACACGUUUACUAUUUACAAUAAUGUUCACAAUUAAUUAAUUACACAUAAAUAGACUAAGAUUAUUAAUGAGUCAGUGGAAGGAUAGUUAGUGCCUAGGCAGAAAAAUGUUUGAAUUAUAAAUCGAGAGGGGGAGGAGUGUAUGAUAAUUGAUGAAAAAAAUUUGGCAUAUUUAAUUCUCGAGCAGCAGAAUAGCUAUAAGGGAGAAGAGGAAACAGACGAUGUGCUGGAUUUAGGAGUGACCGAUGCCCUAGACGAUUUAGAGGGUGAUGAUGAUAAUAUCGAGUAUAGGAACGAGACUGAUAGCCAUAACCAAAGUCAUUAUAAUGAUGAACGUGGUGAUAAUCGGGGAAAUUAUUACAACGAACGUCGCUGUGAAUACGAUGAUAAAGGGCAGAUGAAUUCAGGAUUGGGGGAUUUACGGGAGAAACUGAUGAAGAGGGACCUAGGAGGUAAUGGACAGAUCGUGGAGGAGGACGAGGGCGAGGAGGCCAGGGAGAGACGAAAUAGAUUUCAAAAUGAGAGGAUCAUGAUAUCGCCGAAAAUGAAUAACGAUAUUCCGGAUUCUUUAGAGAGCGUCGUCAUGGCUGAACAGAACAGACCGAUGUUUCGGGGAAGGGGCAGAGGACGGGGAAUUAUGAGGGGCGUCAGGGGUGGCAGAUAUCCAGUUAAUGCCGGAAAUUACAACCCACGAUUUAUGGCUCGACCUUCGUUCGACGAGCAAAAGCCGCAGUACAGACCUCCCCUUCAGGACACCCGUCACUUCCAGAACGGUCCAUCAAACAUUAUGACUCCACAGCUGAUGUACCCUCCGGAGAAUCAGUUCCAGCAAUUUGCCCGACCCCCUCGUCCCCACUUCAACGAGCCACGUCCAUUCAAUCCAAAUCCGUUCCAAGGCCCUCCACGUCACCAAAAUCCCCCAAUGGACUUCCGGCCCCGUGGUCCAAUGCCCAGUGGACUGGGUCCCAGAUUCAAUGGCCCAAUGAAUCCAGGCUUCAUUCCCAACCAGCACUUUCCAAGACCUCAGCACGAGCAGGACAUACCAGGACGUUCGAUGAUGCCACCAGGUCCCAUGAUGCCGAGCAUGCAGCCUGGACCUCCUGUGCCAGGAAAUCAGGGACCACCACUGCACCCACUCCACCCAGGAAUGCCUCCAGGACCGCCCGAGGGACCCAUGAUUCCGUUCAGGCAUCCAGGACCCAAUCAGCUCCCUCAUCAGGUACCUCAUCCCCAUCAGAAUGUCCCCAUGGGACAGCCUGGCUUCGAGCCUCGUCAACCAUUUCAGGAGCCACCCUGGGAACCCAGGAAUACGUACGAUGGCAGGCCUGGCUACAACAAUCUACCUCCUGGACAGUUCAAUCCUCCGGUAGUCCAUCAGCAACAUCCACCUCCUAGUGUACAGAUCCCGCAAAAGAUCCUGAUUAAUCCACACUUCAGGGGAAAUUCGCAACAAACCAGUGAAGGAAGACCUCCUUGGGACAAUGCUCAACAACCUCCAGUCGUCCACCCCCACCCAAAUGAACAAUUUAGACCGAAUCCCGGCCCCUAUCCUGGCCAGCCAGCGUUCAAUCCCCCUACGAAUCAAGAAAAUUCGCAGGAUUAUCAGAGAAAUUACACUCAGAAUAAGAGUGACGAUCCGUACGCAUAUUUCUCAGACGUAUGGCAAGAGAACAAGGCGAAGACAAGGAGUUUAAGCCCCUCGAAGAGUUACUCUGGAGAGAGUAAUUACGGGCGUGAGAGCAGCUACAGAGACUAUGAUAAAUAUAAAUCUGAUAGUAGAGAUCCUUAUCCAGAUGAUCAAAGAUACAGAGACAGAAGUCCACCUCCACGAUCGAGAGACCCUCCACCGCGGUCUCGACCUCCUCCCCCGAGUAACAGCUACCACAAUGACUCUUACGAUCAGAGAUCCAGACCACCGACUUCAUCCAGUCGUCCAGCCACCAGACUUGGCCAGAAACGCACUCCAGAGCCACAGAGCAGGGGACGAGAUGGGAGUCCUAAGAGAAUGAGAUCACAGAGAAGUCCUGACACACGUGCAGAGCUCGAUGAUCAUCAGAAACCUUUUCCGGAGGAGGAAAUGGAUCCAGAGGAGCGUGAGUAUCGAAAAAAAAUGGAAGAGCAGAAACGUCUGCGUGAGAAAAUUCUCCAAGAAAAGGAGAAUCGAAGGAAGCAAGCAGCAUUGGAGAGACACGGAGAGGAUUCCAAGGAUCUUAAGAACAAUGACCACCAACAGGAGAACAAAUCGUCGAUAACACCACUAUCGAAAGAUCUCUCCGAAACAUCUGCAACUGCGAGGCCGAGAAUUCGUGCCACAACCGGACAAGCUACCGAGGUGGAGAAACCAGUGAGAAUAGUGCGGACUGUGCAGGCGUCUGAGAAAGCAGUGCCCGAUACUCAGCCCCCGAAGGAGUUAGUCUCUCCUCAAGACUCGAAAAAACCAGUUACAACUCGGCGAGUGGUCAUUCAGAAGCAGUUGCCCAAUGCCCGAGUGGCAACAUCCAUUCAAAAGACAGUGUCAAACCUUCAGAAGUCCCAGACCAAGCCUCAAAGCCCUUCAGCAGAGACUCCGAAGAAGGGACCUCUUCAACUACAGAAAGCUGUCGGUGGUGCCAGGACCGUUGUCAAAGACAGACCUGCGACACUCAGAAAAGUCGUGGUCUCUGAAGUCCCAACUGGAACAGCUAAGAAAGCUCCAGGAACUGUCCAGAGUAAUAGAGUAGUUCUGCAGAAGCCAGUGCAGGGAAAAAGACUGACUGAGGGUAAAUCAAAUACUAUUUUGAUUGAAAAUUUAGCAGCCAGUACUUCAGAGCCACAAAUUCGUCGUAUGUGCCAAGGAAUUGGUACUCUUGAGAGCAUCAGCAUGGGCGAGGGAACAGCAACAAUUGUGUUUAAGACUCACUCAGCGGCGAUGGUAUUUCACAAAAAAUAUCAGCGUAAAAUGAUUGAUCUGUCGAUGAUCAAUGUCAAAUUUCUGCCGCAGAAUAGCUCGCAGUUGACAGCCGCUGCUGCUACUACAUAAUUUUUUUUCAGUGAUAAUCAAGUAAUGAAUAUAAUUACGAGGUGGUAUCACUUUUGGCAUUUUUUUUAUGUGAACAACAUAUAAUCUAACGUGAAGAAUUAAGUGAAAUAAUUUUUUGUAUAUAAAAAUCAACCAUUAUGAGUGUCUCGAUAAUGUAUAUAAAAUGUAUAAAUUAUUUAUAGUGAAAAUAUCCGACGAUUCAUUAAGUGAAUAAUUCGUCGGUAGGAGUGAAUAGAUAUGAACAAUGUAAUCAUCGAAACUUGACGUUUUGAACGAUUAAAUUAACUGAACAUGAAAUGAAA